GGGCGGACCGCUUCGGUGAACCCAUCGGCGAGCGGGCACGAUGCCGCAAAGUCAAUCUUGGGUGUUUGAGGACGGGGGGGAGGACGAGAAUCUGAAGGCGCAGAAGAAGUGCUGCGUGUACAGGUACAUCCAUGUGAGACAGAGUCUCGGCGAGAGAUUCCGCGGCAAUCGCAUGUUGAAGUGCGUUUUCUGCGGCCACGAGUUCCAGGGCAACCAGUUCGUGGCAGCACGCCAUUUCCGCCAGGGCAAGGGAUGUCCGGAAGUGACAGACGAGGCACUUGUCGACAUCCACUAUAACAGUGAGUACAAGAUGUCCGAGAAGUUCCUAGAGCGGAUACAACGAUUUGAGGAGCUUCACGGUGCGGCGCCUGCGGUGGAUACGCAACGGGACGAGGGGGGGGAGGGAGAGAUGAGGGACGCGGGGGAGCAGAUCAAUGUGGACGACGACGAGGAGGAGGUUGCACGGGCGGGGUCGUCAAGGAGGGAGCGAGGGAAGGGCGUUGUCAGCAAGCCGGGGGGGCAACAGGGCCAGUACUUUGCGUCGGCGCACGUGUCGGUUCGUGCACGGGCAGGUGCGGAUACGCCUGAGGCAAGUGCGUCUGCGGGGAAGAGGAAGGAGAGAGAGGAGGGGGACAGACCGACGGCAGCAGCUGCAGCACAGAACAGGAUGAGACAGAAGACGAUCACGAAGUCGUUCACUUCAAAGUGGCAAAUGGAGUUCAAGAAAAAGUGGCUGCGGUUUGUGUACAGUCAGCGCCUGGCGUUCAACGUCUUCUGGAGCGAGCCAUGGUUGGACGCCGUCCGACACUUCAGGGACUUGCCGGGGCCAGUGAAGGUGUUGUGUCCUUCAGAGAAUGAGAUCACGGACAUAGAGACCAUUGUCCACACGGCGGACGAUGUGGGAGCUGAUCUCGCGGAGGUCAGGGCUCCUUUCUAUGUCACGGGGGCCACCAUUAUUUCAGACGGAAGGAAGUCACGCGAUGCUAGACCCAUCGUUAACUUCCUUGCCGGCGGGUCGCGUGGGGUGAUGCUCGUCCGGAUGAUGAACAGGGAGGGUGAGCGAGAUCGGGCGCCUGAUGUGUUGGCGCGGUGGAUCAAGGUAUUCAAUGACUUCCCCCCCAAGUGGGUGAACGCCAUCUGCACCGACUCCGCCUCGGCGUACGUCACCGCGGCGAACAUGCUCCAGGGGCCCCAGCAGAGGCCGGAGCAUCGACGGAUCACGUGGCUCCCAUGCGCAGUGCAUGUCUGCAACAAGAUGUUGUCAGAUAUUGGCUGUUCGGGCCCGUGGUCCAAGGACAUCAUCGUGAGGGGGAGAGCGGUGGUGCGCUUCAUUAAGGAGCACGGCGCCGCUCUCCAUAUCUUCCGGGGGGAGAGCAGUCAGAUGGGCCUCAUCUAUCCUUGCGAGACACGUUUAGCAUCCGUGUUCGCGAUGGUGGAGCGUUUGCUGGCAGUGAGGUCAGCUUUGGAGAGGACGGUGGAUGGCGAUAGUUGGGGUAUGGUCCCUUGGGACCAUUCAGUUCGUUAUUUGGCUAGGUGGGUCAGGUGGCAGUUGCGCGACUUCCACACACGGAGGGGGACGAUUGCUUGGGGGGGGAGAGACGGAGACAGAGAUGCACAGAGGUGCAGGGGCGAUGCGGAGACGUACGAGUCCGGGUGUUGGUGGUCGAGGUACGGGCAGUGCGCCCCGCAGUUGCAGGUUAUCGCUCUUCGUGUGAUGUACAUGUGGACGUGCUCCUCUCUUGCGGAGAGGAAUUGGGCCGUCCACGAGGGUGUACAGACGAAGAAGCGUAACCGGCUUGAGUUCGAGAAGGUCGCAGAGUUGGUUGAGAUCUCAGCCAACGUCCGCCUUCUAUCUCAUCAGCGAGCAGGUCGCGGGUUCGCGCUGCCGUGGACUCUAGAUGAGUCGUUGUUGGACGUGGAGGGAGGUAUCGGGAUUCGCCCCUCGUGGAAGGGGGCGGACGAGAGUAGGACACCGGAGGAGGUCGAGGAUCAGAGACGUUCAUGGCUGCGAGACCCAUACGAUAGUGAUUCCGAGGGUCACGAGGACGAGGACGAGCCGGCGGGCCCCGAUAGCACCACUCCUACGGCGGAUGAGCGUGAUGAGUGGAGCGACCCAGAGGACGUCCGUAGACGGAGUGGCGGAGAUGACCUUUUCAUUCAGGUUGAUUUGGAGGAGGAGUCUGGGGGUCAUCAUGGGAGCCCUUUAGAGCGUUCGAGGCCUACGUCCACCGUUUCGCUUCCCGCUGAGCGGGAGACAGAUCCUGGGUCUGCACCUUCGAGGGGGGCAGAAUCGGGGAUUGGCCAUCGUCCUCUGGGUCGCUCUGGCACGACAUCAUCCACCGCUCUUCCCACUUUGACGGAGCAGCUUCAUCGACAGCCAGCCGUUGCAGAUCGAUUGCAGAGAUUGGUGAGGGGCCCGAGACAGCGAUUGGAGGACAGAUUGGAGGACGGUCCUGUGUCGGUGCAGGGUGACGACAGAGACAGACAUGGGUUGGUUGGUGGAGAUGGUGGUGCGCUGGCCGGAGGUGGAGGCGGUGUCGAGGCUGAUGCGGCGGUUGAGGGGAUACCGAUGGGUGGCGGAGGCGGUUUCAGUGAGUUGACGAUAUGGCGGGAGGCAGCGUCGGCAGAGGUUUCGAGUACGGGAGUGGAUGUCCAGCAGGGGACACACGAGAGCGGGUUGGCACCGACAGAGGAGCCACGUUCAGAGCCGGCGCAGCAUCCUGCCGUGGAGCGGAGGCGAGAGGAGACAUUGAAGGAGGUCGCGGGCGUGCCUCUGCCUGCGGGUUCAGUCAAGGGUGCCGUGCAUAUGUCCCCGGGUCUGGAGGACAUACCGACGGGGCAGUCAGUGGGCGUUGAUGAUAUUCGCCCAUUGGCACAGGCGGAGGGGAUAGCGCCGACCACCGGGGAGGACGGGGCCGUAGCGGCGACCGUUGGUAUGUCACAGACUUUGGUGGUUCGCACUGCUGUGGGGCCAGUGGGGCCACAUCAGGCACCGUUUUUGGAGGGUUUUAGGCGUCCUGCACAUGGCGGUGGCCCGGUCGAGGAGCGACGUGUAGGCAGGGGGGCGUGCAUACCCCCGGUCCCUACUUUUGCGCCGUCACGGACGAGGCUGGAGAUUAGGCAUGUGGCUACGCCUCGAGGCAGCCUCCCUUUUGGUUUUAUGACCGCUGAGGAGUUGGAGGACCACGGCCGGAGGGAUUUGACGGAGAUCGACCAGCGCGUUUUGAGGUCAGUCCCAGGGGAGGGGAAGCUGCCUCACGUGCAGGACUUAUCUUGGGGGCCAAACAGCCCCAGCUUACCUUCUGGGUAUUCCGUCGCAGCGCCAUCUGGCGGGGCUGCAGGGGGCUCACCUUCUGGAGGUUCCGUCGCAGCGGCAUCGGGCGGGGUCGCAGGGGACUUACCUUCUGGAGGUUCGUUCGCAGCGCCAUCUGGAGGCGCCGCAGGCCCUUCGUCACCCUUGAGCGCAGCUCCGAGGGAGGGCGGCAGCCUCACCCCGAGGUCAGUUGACCGUAGACGGAGAGACACUACCCAGCGUGCGCGGGAGUUGUUGGACACCAUGUUGUUCGGUCGAACAGAUCGACCAUGGAGUGAGAUGAGACGGGUGACGAUGGCGAGUGUCGGUCGUCAGCCAGGUUUGAUAGGGGUUUCCACGAGCGUGACACGUCGAGAUGUUGUAGCUGCAGGGUUUGGCGGUAGAGGGGGUGGCGGCGGUGGCAGUGGUGGUGACGGUGACGACAGACGUGAGGGUGCAGGCAGUGCCACGACGAGCGCAGUGGAUCCGCCACAGACGUACGGUUUGAGAGAGGCGUCGAUUAUUUUGGAGGAGCCUGAUGUUGUUACACGACUGAGGCAGACCCGACACGUGCCCUUAGAUCGACGCCAAGAGGGGGAGACUUCAGGGACUGACGGUCUGCCUAUGGCACGCGAGGCACGCCGACGUGAUGACCUAGCAGCAGCAGCCAUCAGGACGGUGAGAGGCAGGAGAGUCAUUAUGGACGACGAUCCCGACGAGCUCCCCUGUAUCGUUCCUACUGAUAUUCCUUGCAGUUGGGUCAUCGGCUGACACCGAUUAUGUCCCUGCCCCUUUGUACACACCACCCGUCUCUCCUACCGAUAAAAUGGUUCGGGGAAA